UAGAAGUUAAAACGUUUCAUAAAACAAUACUCAUUUCUUCAUUAUAACCGCCCAAUACGCUGAUGAAGAUCAUUAUCGUUUUUCUACACUACUAUGCACCCUUGAGUGCAGCGAAGGUUGCUGUGGUGCAUUGACUCCGAACAACCGGCCAAAUCCAGUUUCUCCCUACAUAAGCGCUAGUAAAACUGGCGGGAAUCUUUUCGAUUUAGCUAGGUUAUAAGUGGGUGGUAGUACUAAGCAACAGGUGUUGGUGUUGCGCGUUACGUAAGGCCACCGGCGCGCGCAUUCCAUUGAGGCGGUAGUACGGCGCUAUCGAUUAGGAGUACGGACCAGGCCCAUCGACCCGGCAUCGGCAGCCGGCGUAUGCCGCCCUAAAGAGACUUGUUCAGUCUUGGACUAACUUGUUAUUAAAGUCGUUCUAAAAUGUUAACUUUAUAGUUGAAUUUGUUGCGAAGUAAUUUGUUUAAAAAAUGUUAUGACAUGAUCUCACCAUACAUUUAUUGUGACUGUGAGAACGGCCGCGCGGCGCCGGACCUGACGGCGUCGCCGGGCCGCGCGCCGCCCGGCCCGCCGCAGCCGCCGCGCGCCAACCAUGCGCCGCCCUGCGUGCUGCAGCCCGAUUUUAGAAAGGUCUCGGGGGUUAGCAAUGAGAUAUUCAGGCAAAUUGAGAUGGUCGAGAAUGACCACGACGCGACCACGGCCGCGGCGCUCGAGGCGGUGGAGCGCCGCGGCGAGAUGAUCGUUCGAAUACUGGAAAUACGACAAGUUGGCCGGAAUAAUAUUGAAGCCGCCAAGAAGUUCUUCUCGCUACAGGAUGCCCGCCACAUAGUCCAACUUGUGGAAAUCGUGAAGCGGCCAGGCCAGACCCUGGGUCUGUACAUAAGAGAAGGCGACGGAGGCACGCGGACGGACGGCGUGUUCAUCUCGCGGAUAGCUCUCGAGUCGGCCGUGUACAACAGCGGCUGUCUCAAGGUCGGGGAUGAGAUCCUCGCGGUCAACCUCGUCGACGUGAGGCGGAUGUCGUUGGAUGACGUGGUCAUCAUCAUGUCGAUACCGAGGCGGUUGCUGCUCUGUACGAGGCAGAGAAAAGGUAAAUCAGGGCCAGGCUCGCCGUCCCUGCCUCGUUCAGAGCACAAGCCGCCGCCGGUGGUCGUCCUCAAGCGGGAUUGCCGCGACGACGACGAGAGAGACCGGGACCGAGACCGGGACCGAGUCGAUGGACUUUACUCGCAGUCGUACAGCCACGGCACGUUGCGCUCGGCGAUGGGUCCGGGCGGCGGCGUGAGGCCGGUGGGUGACGGGCGCGAGGAGCGCAGUCGACUGCAACUGGGCGCGCUGUCGCCGGACUCCAAUGCACUAGACUUGUACUACAAUUCACGACCGCCUUCUGAUCACUCGACGUGGAGCUAUCGCCCGCCACCACCAGUAAUCACGGAACAACCUAAGUCAGCUGCAACGCAUUUCGUACCGUACGAGCGGUCAUAUCCAAACACCUUGGAAAGUCUCGCUGAGAAGGUGCAUUCGUACUAUCCAUCUGAUAGUGGAAGUUCGCGAUUUAAUCCACGAGUUCCAAGAUCUGGUUCAGAACAACAGUUACCUAGAGCCGAAACUCACUCUGAUUUUGGUCGGCAUUCGUUGCUAAGGUCUAGCUUAAAGGCAUCUGCCGCUACUGGUGCUUCAAGUUUAUCGAGAUAUAAUCAAAGAUAUGGAGUUGGAAUGGGAGCAUCAGGAUUACCAGGCAGUGGCAUGACCGGCAGUGGUUUAACUAGCUCCGGUUAUGGAGGCCCUGGGCUUCCCUCUGGUCUGUCCACCACUGGUCUUAGUGGGUUAACUGGAUCAAGCCUGGUAGGAUCUGGGCUAACAAGUUCCGGCCUUAGUGGAGGCUUGACAGGAUCCGGUUUGGGCACACUUGGAGGGACUUAUGGAACGACUGGCUUAGGCCUACCGUCAUAUAGCUCGAAGUUUGGAACGAGCAGAAGGAAUAGGAGUUUGGAUUAUUCGUCGGACACAGAGGCGACCGCUCCUACUAGAGCGCCAUAUUACUCUGGAUUAAGUGGAUAUCGGAGCAGCACGCUGGGAAGAGAUAUUAGUUCGAAGUUCAAUUCACUGCCAAGGGACGUCAGGAACACGGGUCAGAGGUUAGGGCUAUCGAGGCGCGCAGGAAGCGUACUUCAAGAUGAACCAGAACCGUUGUCUUCACGUUUAGAUCUACGUUCUUCCAGAGGUCGUUUAACAUCUUCGCCGUCAGUGUUCACGUCGGACGAGUACCGCGCGUGGCUGUCGCGCGCGCCCUCCACCAGUGCGCUCUACGAGACGCUGCGCCCGCGCCUGCCCACGCACUACUCCGCUGAGAACAUACACGACGCGCUCAAGAAUAUGGAAAGCGGCAGUCGUUUCGGGUCUUCCCUUGGCUUGGCGAACCGGCGCGUAGAGAGGCCGCGGCACCUCCCCGCGCGCUCACUCUCGUCCCAGCAGCUCGGACCGACGGCCGGUGGCUCUCCGUCUGCGCGCCGCGUGCGGCAGCUGCUGGAGCUGGGCUCCAGGUUCAACUGCCCAAACCCCAGCCCCGUGCCGACGCCUGGCUCGAGACAUCAUCGCCAUCUAGAUAUAAAUCCCAAUGAGUUCCUAAAAUACAAAGUGGAGAAGCCAGGCUCUGGCGGCCUGUCGGCUUCCAUGACCGGCCUAUCUCGCCUGUCCGGCGGCAUGUCGGGCAUGCUGUGGGUGCACCUGCUGGCCGGUCGGAACUUGCGGCCGGCGCCCACGGGCUCGUCGCCCGGCUCGCCUCCGUCGGGACCGCUGGCGCCCGCGCAGCCUCCCGUGGCGCCUAGGGACCUGUAUUGCGUGCUUGAGUGUGAUCGGGUGCAUAAAGCGAGGACAGUGGUCCGUACAGGGGAGCUUCAGUUCGACUGGGACGAAUCCUUCGAGCUGGAGCUAGUGGACAACCGGCAACUGGACGUGCUGGUGUAUUCGUGGGACCCGCAGCAUCGGCACAAGCUGUGCUAUCGCGGUGCCGUGACGCUGCCCGACCUGUUGGCGAGGUCGCCUAAUCAUCAAUUGGCUAUUAAGAUGGAGCCCCGCGGCACGCUGUACGUACGCGUCCGUCACACGGAACCUCACGAGCUGUUCCGACGACGGCCGGCCGCGCCGCGCCUCUCGCCUCCGCCACUGUUCGGGGCUGAGCUCGACACGGUGGUGGCGCGUGAGGUGCGGCCGGCACACGCGCCGCCAGUGCCUCUCAUCGUGCGACGUUGCGUUGAGGAGAUUGAGCGGAGAGGGUUGGAUAUCAUAGGCCUGUAUCGAUUAUGCGGUUCAGCCAACAAGAAGCGCAUACUCCGUGAAUCGUUCGAGAGGAACGCGCGCGGAGUAGAGUUGGCACCAGAUUCGGUGCCCGACAUCAACGUCAUCACGGGCCUGCUCAAGGACUACCUGCGGGAGCUGCCGCAGCCGCUGUUCAGCCGGUGUUUGUACCAGAUGACGCUUGAUGCUCUAGGAGUAUGUCUUCCGGAUGAUCGAGAAGGCAACGCCCGUCUGAUGGCCUCGAUAGUCGAAUGCCUGCCCCGCGCCGCGCGCGCCACCCUGGUCUUCCUACUCGACCACUUGGCGUUAGUCGUGGCAGCUCAAGACCGGAAUAAAAUGUCGCCUCAGCAUUUAGCGGUGGCCUUAGCGCCUCCAUUAAUGCUGCACUCUCAACCGCCUACGGACCUGGACUAUCAGAGACCGAUUCAUGUCCUUCAAUGCCUCCUUCAAAUAUGGCCUGCGCCUAAACGUUCAGUUCGGCGCGGCGAGCCAGCAACCGGGCUGCGUGGAAACAGAGUCAGUGCGUCGCAAGCGGCCUCACUCAUCCUCCCACAAGGCCGAGUUCCGCCCUCAGUCAGUCCAUAUCGGCCUCAAGCGGGAGCAUCAGCAGCAUCUCCGCCGCCAGCUCUCUCGGCUCGGCCCGCGCCCGCGCCCGACCGCUCGCCGCCCGCACAUGUUCUCUCAUCAGUCAGGGCCGGCCAAUAUCGUCCGCAGUCGCCUCUCCGCGGGCCUCUGCCCGCUCCUCCUCGCUCCCGUCAGGUGACGGUCUCUUCUCCCGGUUCGCCCAGCAGUAGCUCCGGUAGCCACAGCCCGGCAGACACAAUUAAACACGGUGGCUCCGUGUCCUCAAUCUUACGGCAGCCUGACAGAGCCGCCUCUCCGAGAGCCUCCCCAAGGCACUCGCCUCGGGCCUCUCCUCGGGAUUCACCUCGGACGAGUACGCCCAGGGAUGGCACGCCUAGAGAAAGUACUCCGCGGGAUUUGACCCCGCGGGAUCUGACGCCAGGCCGCGAGCCGGGCUCCCGGGACUCGCCGCGGUUUUCCAUCCCGGGCACGUCGGCGGGGCUAGCUGUGACCCUAAACUCGGGCGGCGGUGGCGGCGCGCUGAGCCCGCGUUACUGUAGCGCCACCAACCCGUUCCUGCAGCAGUACGACGCGGAGGAGGAGGCGGAGGCGUGGCGCGCCACUGACAUCUUCUCCCCUCCCUCAUCCACGCACACAUAGUGCUCAUAGCGAAUUGAGAUUUUCUAGUCAAUUUUUUUAUCGAAUCGAAAGAGUGCUACGAUUCUGCUGUAUAUUAUGUUAUUUAACGAGCGUGAUGCGCGUUCGUAAUGUUUGUUAUAUAUAGAGCGAGUUACGAUGUAUAUUAUUGUGAGAAUGUACACUGACGCGCGAGGCACCCGCCUCGCCGGCCGCCGACGCUCCGCCCCGUAGCCUCUAUAGUGUUUAUCGUAUUGUAAUGUACAUUGUAUAUAAUUAUAUACGUAUAUGUAGGUACGCUCCAGUUUUGUACCCUUAGGUCGGAUCUGCGGCGGGCGGCCCGAGGCGCUACACACAUCAUCCCACAUAUCAGGCGCUUGUGCGCGCUUUCGGCGCGGGCUUUACGAACAUUCCUAACGAACUCAUUCAAACGUCAUAAAUAAAAAGUGACUAUCCCACGGCGUCGACAGAACGCACAAGCCAAGUAGCUGGAGUAGGAAGAGAGUAUCAUAGAGAUCAGACGUACGGACUGUCUUGAGACUGAGACCAUAUCAGAGUAGGUUGCGAGCCACACGCGGAGUCCCCUCGGAGAAUGAGCGAUCGACUUAUAGUAUAAAGUUUGAAUUUUUGCUAUAUUCAGUUACCCGAUGCAGAGUUUAAUCAUAAAGCCAAACAUUAAAAUUAAUAACUAUCUACUCAAAUAUUGACAAAUAACAAUAAUUUUUUAAUAUAAAUAGUGUUAAGAGAAUUACACAAAUCGCUUUUUCUGCGAGGGAAUGGGUAUAAAUUAAUUAGGUUGAGUUCGGUCGCAAUCUCAAGAUCAGAGGAGCUAUGUUUAAAUUCCGAAGUCACGAUCACCAAUCCACGACCUGGAAAGAGACUUUUCGUCCAAUCUAGAACAGUCUAGAACUUAAUGGCCGCUGUCAGUUUUUACAAGCCAGCUAUCGAAAUCGAUGUUUCGGUAUUUGAAAAUAGAAUCUCAGUUCAAUUAUAUUACAGGAGCGUCUGCUAGACAUAUUUAUAAGAGUGGGAGAAAUCGACCAAUGACUGCACUGAUUCAGUUAAUCAUCACUGCCAUGAUUGGUCCAUUUUUGAUAGAAAUCAUAAUAUUGUAUACACUUGUUUAUAUGUCUGUCGGAAGCUACAUGGUUACCAGACACUUUUGAGCAACACUUCAAGACAAAAUUUUGUUGUUGAUAACUGUUUUAUAAACCAUUUGCACAAAUAACACGACUGAUAUGGGACACAAAAAACGUUUUGAUACUUGUUUUUUUACCUGCCCCUCGUUUAUAAUGAUACGUUACUUUGGAACCUCGCUUAUAAUAAUAAUGUAGCUCUUAUAUAUUCGUCCACGAAUUUCAAUCGCAAGGGAUGGGGACGGGGUUUUAUGAUAAAAUAGACAAAUCAACGGAAAGUUUUUUUAUACGGAAUACCUAUCUGGUGUGUAGGUAUUCAGUAUUCUACGGGAAUAGUUGCAAUAACGUGUAAAAUUGCAAUUUGAAAAACAUAAAAAUUAAUUCUAAUAUUGAUGAUUAUAAUAUCGGUGAUGUUAUAGUGAUAUACGAAUAUUUAUGUAAUAUUUUUUACCUUAUCGUACAACAAGAUCUUUGUAAUUCUGGCCUCAUCCUUAAUAUUCUGACGUGAAUUAUCAGGGUUUCUUGGUGAUAGUAUUCGAAGAAGAUUGUAGUACUAGCAUCCAAUGCUUAAGGGACACGCACGAUUCAAUUGAUUUGCAUAUUAGGUACUGCCUACCUACUGGCAGUGACUAGUCGCUUAAUGACAGACUAUAUAAUCGGCCAAUAAUAUUUAUAAGGGGAUGUCUGAGGUAAUGUAUAUAGAGGUGCUCGUUUGUAGAUGAUGGCAUUAUAGUUUUGGAUGAAAAUAAUGUCAAACUGUCAUUGUCUUGCCGCAGCCUUCACCUCUAUGUAUGUAGGUACCCUCAAACAAAUGACGCAAUGAAGUCAAUCAGCAAUGUUUAAAAUUCCUGGGGCUUCUUUAUGAAACAACGUUAAUAUGAGAUUCGUGCACGGAAAAAACUACUUCAAUAAUAUUAAAUAUGGUACGAGUAAUAUACCCAUGUUUAUCUAUCUUUGUAUACUGUAGACAUGAUUGUAAAUAACCUUAAAGCCGUCAUAUUUACUCUUUGUACGUCGGUACAUUUUGUUGGAUAUUGGACGUGUUAUUGCAAUUUAUAUUUGACUUUGACUAUGCAAAUGACAUACUGUACUUAAUUAGAUACUUUAUUACGUACAGUCACCUGCAAUAAUAUGUUACACAACGAAGGCCGAAAAAAUUUCUGACAAGAAAUUAUUUGUAGAGCCAUAAGAGCGUGUUCUAUAUUUUUGGGGCCUUCGACGAGUAACAUAUGAUUGCAGGUGUCGGUGCUGAAACAAUGAUCAUGUUCAACAACUAAAAGUUUAUAAUUGAUAUUUUUCUGAUACCUAAUUGGUCGAUAGCACUGUUUCUGACCAGUUGUUUUGUUAAAGAAUAACCUCAUAAGGUUUUUCUCCUAAAUAUCAUAGAAUAACCUAAUUUAAAUAUAGGAUUCAUAACAAAGUGAAUGAGAUAAAUAAUAGAUAAUAACCAAUGCUCGUGUAAACAUGUGUCCAACGUCCACCAACACGCACUGAUGAAUAACUAUACGAUAAACGUAGCUUUAACAUUUGUGAUUGGCUUGAAGUGUCGCUCGACAGACCGUAGCUGGCCGCCGCGGCGGCAGUAGUGUGUAGUGACUACGGCGCACAGCUUCAGUUGGCUUCAGAGCGGCGGUCGCUUUGAGAGCAACUACCAGAUAACUUUAUAAUACUAAUUGUAGUUCAAAAGGUUAGCUUAUGUAAUUACAAUCCUUGUCCUAUAAUUUACGUUCCGGUUGUGAAAGUAUUUCUGCGCAGCAUUACAGCAAAGGGAAACGGACGAUCUCUCAGUCCAAUUACUUGUCACAUUGUGCUGCUGCAUUGUGUCAUUGCUGCAUUGCUGUUGAGAUUGGAACCUUCAACUGCCAAACCCAUUUUUCUUAGAUGGAUCGCCAGUUUACUGUUGUAACACUGCGCAGCAAUGCUUACAUAUCUGGAUAUAACCGGUUUGCUUAAAAGCAACCACAGGGCAAUGCAAAGAGACACGCGAAUACGACGCCAUAGGAAAACGCAAUGAGUAGCCUCGCGUAAAGACGCCCCACAGACACAGUUAUUAGGAAAUACCGAACGAUUGCAGUCAAUCAUAAAAACUUAGUGUAAAGGGGACAUAGAGAGUUAUCAUUGUUAUCAAUGGCUUAUAAACGUGAGUGACAAGAAAAAUGAAACGUGAGUUCUGUUAUUAUAUCCCAUAUAUUAAAAUGCUAGUUCGAUCGCCAAAUUUUGGUUAAUUAUCUAACGGGUUUUGUACCAGAAUGACGGUUUGAUUGCGAAAAUUAAUAAACCGAACUGUCAUUUAAAAAAGACGAUUUUCUAUUCAGUUUUCUUCAUAAAUGGCCAUAGCUGGUAAAAAAAAGGAGGUGGAGGUGUUUUCUGUUGGCUAUUUCUAUUACGCGUUCAACAAAAUUAACCUUUUGAACUAUUAUUAUGUGUUUAACUGUAUAUUAGAAUAAUUCUUAAAGUGACAUUCUUAUGCCAUCAUACUUUAUCACCUGAAAGUAAAGGAGUUGAAGUCAAUUUGUAUAAGGUUGGUAAAGCAAUAUUUUUAAAUGAACUACAUACUCAAAUAGCCUAGUUCGACAUUUUUUUAAUUAUUUCGAUAAA